UUUCCCCCCUUUGACUAGCUAGACCCUCGUUGGAAGAUAACUUGUCAUACUUGACGGAAACUCCCGCCUUUGCUCCCCCACAUCGACAAUACCCUCUUUUAGGAGAGCAGAUCACUGUACACUGAAUAGUGUCUUUGGGCGCAACUCAUUACAGGUUACCUUGUUGGGUCGUUUCUUGUUCAAAUCCAAGGACCUCGGGAGUGAUCGAAGCAAGUCAGCCCAUAGAGGUUUAUUCUUGUUUGCAAAGUAGUCACUUGUCUUUUCUAUCGUCUUAUACCUCAAGGCCUAUCCUACAACUAUCGGUUUCUCUUGGUUGCCACAACGCUUCCCUCAUAGGCUGUCAAAGGCAGGAACUUAAUAAUAUACCCAAUCGAGACCACGCGGCAAAAUAUUUUCCAAUGCUCCUUACUAGACUACCCGAAACAGAGCAAAGCCCUUGGUCUAGAAAAUUUGAGACCACCUUUCACAAGUCGACCGGCUUACGCAUGUCCAGCUACGACGGCUCGCUUUCCACACAGCCUGAUUGGCAAGGGCACUACUCCUUCCUUCCUCCCGGGGAGAGCAGCAUUUUUGGGCAGUCGUUUGAACAGGUACCAAACUCCAGUACCGACAAUGACGCUACCUCGCAGCAGCGUCCUUCGAGUAUCUCGAACAGUAAUUUGGACACGCGUGGCCAGACAAGCUCAAGUACUUUAAGCUCACCAAGCAACAACCACCGUGUUCUUGAUCCCUUAGGUUUGCGACAGCCUAAAACCGAGCGCCCAACUCAAGACCAGCCAAGUGUUUCAGGGACUUCGUAUGCAAUCAAGACAGAAGCUGUCCACGACGAACCACUGACAUCUGCCGAAACCGCAAGGGUCACGAUUGAAUCAAACCCACCCACCUCUGUACCAGCAAAACAGGAUCUUCACACUAGCCUCGAUGCGGGUGGCAACGAAGAGACUAUUCUCGGCAAGGAAGAAGAUGAAGAAGUUGUAGAUGACGACGACAUGAUAGAAGGGGACGGGGAAGGCGAUGGUGAAGAUGAAAACCCGGGUCAGCCUCAAACUGCGGCUGAACGAACUGCUGCUCGUAGGAAAAUGAAGCGCUUUAGGCUCACACACCAGCAGACCAGAUUCCUCAUGAGUGAAUUUGCCAAACAGCCUCACCCAGACGCAGCUCAUCGAGAACGCCUUUCUCGUGAAAUUCCGGGCUUAAGUCCUAGACAGGUUCAAGUCUGGUUCCAGAAUCGACGAGCCAAGAUCAAGCGAAUGACGGCUGACGAUCGCGACCGAAUGGUUAAGAUGCGUGCGGUUCCUGAUGAUUUCGAUAAUGUUCAAGCCUUGCAUUCCCCUUACGGGGCAGUCCAUGCCCUAGGAACGCCCAUAACGCCUCCAGUAGAUUUCGGGUCAUCUUCCUUCACAGACCAUAUUAUGCGGCCGCUACUGGUUGACACAAUGAGGCGCGACAACGAAGAUCACCUCUCGCCUACGGGACUCAGCCCUGCAUUUGGUAAUAUCGGGUUCACGCCUUCUGGGACAAUGACCAGCUCUGACAUACUCUCUCCCCUGUCGCCUUCAUCCAACGAACGGGGAUACUAUUCUAGUCACUUGUCAAGUCCGCUUGGGGGAUCUUCUAGAGCGUCAAACCCAUUUGGUAGGCAUAAUAGUUUAGAUGCGGGGAGCCAGCUGCACUCGCAGUCACGGCAGCAUAUCCGUCCUCUUCAGCCACUCUCUCUCCGAGAAACGAUGUCCAGGUCUAGAUCGGAUAAUUUACAAUCACCGCUCCGAUCCAGUAUGUCAUGGAAAGGAGACUCGAUUGACUACGCAGGUUAUUCCGGCAGUAGUCACAGCCCUGGAGGCACUGGGAGGCAUACCUCCGUCUAUCAGCCAGACGCAAGUGGAAGUAGCUCUGGUGGCACGUUGGGCUACGAUACAGGCUCUUAUACAACUUCUGGGUUACAGUCGCCGACAACAAAUAUCAAUUACUCAAGCCUUCAACAGCCCUCGCAAGCACGGUCUCGACUGAGAGCUGCUUCUGCCACCCUGCCACUUGGCCUCGAUUUGAGACACCAAUACCGCUCUUAUUCGUCCAGCCAUGGCCUCCAGCCUCCUAGCCACUCCUCCAUUCCUAGAACAGCUAGCACUGCGCCAUACGGCACUUCCCCAGGGUAUUCUACGAGCUUUCCCUCAGCUCCUCUCACUGCGCCGAUUGAUUUUUCUCUGCCAAGAACACCUGGUAUAAGGAGCUCGAUCCAGGACUAUUCAAUACCGCAGAUGAGUGCGCCUAUUGCGCCUCCACACGACUUCACUCAGGCACUCCAUGGAAAUAUAGCUGGCUCCAGCUCUAGGACGCCAAUAAGGGAUUCUUUCAGUGGGGGACCUCUAACAUUCGGUCAAGGUCAGGGGGCUGCCGACAAAAGUGAAGACCAUUCUCAUGAUGGAUUGAGCGGAUCAAGCACCGGCCUGAAGCGCAAGCGUAGCUCAUUCAGUUUAUCUCAGGUUCCGCAUUCGUCCGGUCCGUCACAAGCCUCUCAACCAUAUGGACAUACGAGUUAACGACCUGGAAGAGGGUGGACCUCCCUUUAUACGCGAACAUCAAAUACCGACGCAGUAUUCCAAAGACUCGAAUAGCGUCCGCUGAUUGCCUUGCUUCUGUUUCUUCGACUAUAGAGCCUUUUCUUGCUCCAAACACCCGCCGAACCAACUUGUGUUAUUAUAUCUUCCGGAUCUUAUGUUAUUUAUGGAUUGAAACUUCUUUCCCAAGCAUUUGAAUUGACCUCAGGAUAGUUGGAACGUUUUGCGAAUAGGAGCAAUCACCGGUAUUUGGCUAAAUGGGAAACGUUCCACACGCGUGGGGCCGGGAAUGAGACACGGGCUGAAAUGAUCUAUAACAAAGACAAC